AUGUUAAAGCACUGCCUAUUUUGGUUCACUUUUGGGCUAACUUUUACUGGGAAACCCUUUUGGAUGAAAGGUGUAUCUUCUGAACAGACACCCAGAUUUUCUACAUUAGAAAUAAUCAUUCCUCAGAGUCUGACGGGCAGAGAGAAACAUCACCCAUUUUUUCAUGAGGAGCAUUCAGAUGACAACCUUUCUUACUCAGUGAAAACCAGAAAUGGAACAUACCUCCUAAAACUGAAGAAAAAUAAAAAGCUUGUUAGUGAAGACUUUAUGCUGUUUACAUAUGGGGAAAAUGGGAAACUGGAGGCAACACAAUCCAAAAAUGAGACACACUGUUAUUAUCAUGGCAUUGUCGAAGGAAUUGCUGACUCAACAGUUGCUCUCAGCACCUGUGAUGGCCUGAGGGGAGUCCUCUACAUUGGUGGCAAGUGGUAUGGAAUGGAGCCUCUCCACACAUCCAGCACAUUUGAACAUGUGUUUUAUGAAUUAGAGGACGAGCAGGACGUGCCCUUCCACUGUGGGGUGCUGAAUGGCAGCCUUCAGCUUGAGCAGAUGUUUGUGGAGCAGGCUGUGGAGUACACAUUUUCAUCAAACACUACCUCUGGCAGGGAGAAGCUUUUGAGGGAGAAGCGAGCUGUCCUGCCUCAGAAAAGCUAUGUAGAAUUGUUUGUGGUGGUGGAUAACAAGAGGUUUUUGCUGAAGAAUUCUGAUCCUGCUGCGGUGCAAAAGGAAACGGUCGAGCUGAUUAAUUACGUUGAUGGGAUGUAUAGACCAUUAAACAUCCAGAUUGUAUUGGUUGGGUUAGAGAUUUGGACAGAUGCAAACCACAUCUCUGUAAUGGAUGGUUCAGCUGGGGAUGUUCUGGGCAGAUUUGUUUCUUGGAGGCAGAAAGAUCUUCUUAAGCGAUCAAGAAACGAUGUCAGUCAUCUCAUAAUAGGGAGAAGCUCUUUCAGGGGAUCCAUUGGAAUGGCUUUUGUGGGUACUGUCUGCUCACAAGUGCAGGGAGGGUCAAUCAGCACUUUGAACCACAACAAUAUGUUACGUCACGCCACGGUGGUUGCACACGAGUUGGGGCACAACCUCGGCAUGAAACACGACGAUAAGAGGUGUCCUGCAUCCUACAUAAUGCACAGCACAGACAAUGGAUCCAGGAAUUUCAGCACCUGCAGUGCUGAUGAUUUUGAGACCCUUAUUCUUAAUGGAGGAGGAAACUGCCUUAGAAAUCCUCCCAAGACAAGUAAUGUGUACAGAGAACCUGUCUGUGGUAAUAAUGUGGUUGACAACAAUGAAGAAUGUGACUGUGGCAAACCACAGGAGUGCUCCAACCCCUGCUGUGAUGCUGCAACCUGCAAACUCACGCCUGGAUCCCAGUGCGCUCAAGGACUCUGCUGCAAAAAUUGCAAGUUUAAAGUGGCAGGAGCAGAGUGCAGAGCAAAAAGGGAUUUCUGUGAUCUCCCUGAAUACUGCAGUGGGAGCAGUGCCUACUGCCCAGAGGACGUUUACAUCAUGAAUGGUCACCCGUGCAGCAACAACAAGGCCUAUUGCUACUAUGGAGUGUGCCAGAGUUUUGAUUCACAGUGUGAAGCUAUAUAUGGGAAAGGGGCACGAAAAGCACCUGAUAUAUGCUUUGAGAAAGCAAAUAUUAAAGGAGAUAGGUUUGGAAACUGUGGGAUGAAAGGUGGAGUGUACAAGAAAUGCCCUGUCCAGCACAGUCUGUGUGGCAAACUCCAGUGCACAUCUGUCAGUCUCCAAAACCUUCCUGCCUGGAGUGUUGUCAAUAAUGCAUCCGGGGUUUUAUGCUGGUCUUCUGACUUUGACUUAGGAUCAGAUAUCCCUGAUCCUGCUCAAGUUCACGAUGGGACAGCCUGUGGAGAAAACAAGGCCUGUGUAGGUUUUGAAUGUGUUGAUGCAAUGUUUCUGGGCUACAGCUGUGAUGUAAAGCAGAGGUGUAAUAAUAAUGGGGUGUGUAACAACAACGGGAACUGCCACUGCAAUGCAGGAUGGGCCCCUCCGUUCUGCAACCAGUCCGGCUACGGGGGCAGCGUUGACAGCGGUCCUGCUCACACAGACACAUCACUUCGGGAUGGGCUGCUCAUCUUCUUCUUCCUCGUGCUGCCGGUCGCCAUCGUUGCUGCCUUGGCAAUCAUUAAGAGGGACGCAAUAAGGAGAAAAUUUUGCAGGAAGAGCAGAAGACAGCACAGGGAUAACAAUGUGCAGGAAGCAAAGCAAGAUAACAAACCGAGUCAUGACACAAGAAAUGAUCAGCCUGCCACGUCAAGCCCUGAUAUUUUUACCACAUUGCAUUUUCCUGGUACAAGGCACCCAGUACAAACCCAGUUUCCUGCAGCUCCCUCAGGACCUCAACGACCCCCAGUCCCACCUAGACCAGCUGUCUGAAAAGCUUCUUGGCGACCCUCAACCAAUUCUGACAACCAACUGGCCUGAAAAAAAAACCCAAAUCACAAGAUUUUCAAUCCUCCAGUCCUCUCCUUGUGUGGCCAAAAUGCCCUUGGGAAGCAGGUACCUCUGGGAAA